AAACAGUGAUCGGUCGACCGUACGAAUCAUACGAUUUUAUUAUUACGUGCGGUCCGACAUAAUUAUUAUAAUAAUAAUAUUAUUGUCUACUAAUACAUACGCGAAUACGCUUGUCCGCGAUACAUAAUAUAAUAUUUAUUACGUAAGUACUGCAACUUACUGUAGUUGUGGUGCUGGACGAAACUUCAUAAUUUGUUUUUCGUACUACCGUUAUAUUCAAUUAUUAUUUUCUACCGUAUCAGUUACUACGUACACGCGCGUGUACAUAUACAUUUUUAUUUAUAUACCUACCAUAAAUAAUAGUAUAUGUACUAGCUAAAAAUAUAAGUUUACCAUUACAACAGAAUCAUUCAGCUGACCUCCGGCCAAACGACAUAGUAUUAUUUAUUACCAUAUCAUGGAAGUUGAUGAAAAUACGCAUUUAAGACAUAAACGAAUGAAAGUGUAUACCUUGGAAACUAAUUCUAUCGUCGAGAGAAAAUGGUUUCUGGACCUGUUAACGUGUAUGUUCGGCGUGGGUGCUUGGAUACUGGUCAACAGCCUGUACACGCAACUACCGUUGCUCGUGCAAAGCGCGCCUGAAGGGUGGAAUUUGCCAUCAUACUUGUCGAUUGUCAUACAAACCGGAAAUGUGGGUCCGCUGCUGUACAGCGUCUGGCGCCGGAGAUAUGGAAACCAAUACGACAGGUCGCUGACGAUCGCCGUGCUUAUUUUCGGCGUGACGUCCGUGCUUCUAAUGGCUAGGUUUUACGACGUGACGGGAGUUGUGUUCGGUCAACCACACAGUGUCGUGCUCUGUGCGCUCACAUUCACCAUGGCACUGGUCGGGUGCACUAGUUCCGUCCUGUUCAUACCGUCGUUGGCCCAGUACCCGGACAUAUACCUGGUAACGUAUAUGGUCGGUGAGGGCAUUAGUGGUUUUGUGCCGAGCUUGGUCGCCAUCGUUCAGGGCGUGGGCACCACCACUUGUCAAACGGUUGAGCUGCCAGAUGGGCGGAUAUCCAAGGUGAAGUCGACAACAGAUGCACUCUUUUCGAGCGGGCCGUUUUUCGUCGGUAUUGGCUUGAUAAUGUGCGCGAGCACCGUGUCUUAUCUGUGCCUGGAAUACUUGCCGACCUGUAAGAAAGAAAAACUUCGGAUACCAUCGGAGGAUAACCAAGUACACCAGAACAUCGGCGUCGGCAGCACCGAUAACCGCAGCCGCAGUUUGAGCGUGUCUUUAUUGAUCGUGCAGGCCGCGAUAGUGUUCUUUGCCAACGGACUGUUGCCCAGCAUUCAAUCGUUCUCGUGCCUGCCAUACGGCUACAUGGCGUAUCAUUUCGCGACUAACCUGUCAAAUAUCGCAAAUCCUGUGGCUUGCUUCAUCGCUUAUUACACGAAUCGAACGUCUAAAACCGUAAUAUACACGCUAUGCAGCAUUUGCUUAGUGUCCACAAUAUAUAUACUGAUGACCGCCUUUACUAGUCCGUCAGCUCCAUUGAGCAAUUCGACCACUGGAGUAGUCUUGAUCAUUUUUAUGUGGGCCUUAUUCUUUGGAUGUGCUUCUUAUGUCAAAUUAUCAAUAGCUGCAGUAUUAAGAAAUGAAGGUAACAGAGGACUAUAUCUUUAUGGUUGCAUCACUCAAAUUGGAUCAACAGCGGGAGCAUUGAUUGGAUUUUACUUAAUUAAUAUUGUUCAAUUGUUAAAAUCAUAUGAACCUUGUUAGGGGGUUUAGUUAAAUAAUAUAAUUAUAAAUGUUCCUUUAAACGAUUAAUAAUUGUAUUGAACUAAAGUAUAUUUUUUAUUA